AUGUCGGCCGCACCCACAGACGCAAACGAGGGCGCCAUCAACCCUACCUACGCAACCUCACAGCCCGAGCCAGCCCAAUCAGCGCCGCAAACCAGCGACACCAUGCUCGCAUCUUCCUCUGGUCCGAUCCGUACCGCUGUGCGUAGCGUUGCCACAUCAGCCGCAGCCUCGACGUCCACACGUCCACUCUCAGGCAUCUUUGGCAUCAACAAGCCGAGCGGACCGACAUCAAUGUCGCUGCUGGACGAGCUCAAGCCGCUGUUCGCCAGCUCUCCGCUCUUCGCCGAUGCAGACGGCAAGCGUGCAGACGACAACCGCAAGCGCGGCAAGUUCGGCAAGGGAAAAGGGCGUGGCAAGUGGGCGGGCGGAGUGGCAGGAGCGCCCAAGAUCGGCCAGGGCGGAACACUUGACCCUCUCGCCGAUGGUGUUCUGGUCGUCGGUGUAGGAAGCGGCACCAAGCAGCUGCAAAAGUACCUCGACUGUACAAAAGAGUAUCGCACCACCGGGCUGCUCGGAUCAGCAACCACGUCCUACGAUUCGCAAGACCCUAUUCUCACCCGAAAGCCGUACGAUCACGUGGUGCCUCAGACGAUUGCGGAUCUUCUUCCCCGAUUCACCGGGACUGUGCUGCAGAUCCCACCGCUCUACUCGGCGGUGCGCAUCGACGGCAAGAGGCUGUUCGAGUACGCGCGUGCCAACCUGCCUCUGCCAAGGCCGAUUGAGCCGAGAAAGGUGACGGUGCACGAACUCAGGCUGGUCGACUGGCUCGAGUCGGGCACGCAUGGGUUCAAGGAACCAGAUCGCGAAGUGCCCGACGAAGACAAAGCACUCGUCGGCAGGGUACUCGACAUGGCUGGCAGAAAAGAAGGCCAGACAGACACGGUCAAAGAAGAUCCCACCCAGCCGGAAGAGCAACCCACAGAAUGGAAGAAGCUCCCCACGUCCAAGGACGCUGUGAACUCCACCGAGGGCGAGGCAGGUCCGCCGGCUUUCGUACUCGAAAUGACCGUGUCGUCGGGGACGUACGUGCGCUCGAUUGUACACGACCUGGCCAUCGCAGCCGGCUCGGCAGCACAUGUGCAGACGCUCACGCGCACGCGCCAGGGCGAAUGGUCCAUCGACUCGAGCCCCGCCCAUGCCCAGUCUGACGCCAAGCAGAUCGUGCCCGGCAACUGCAUCGAGUGGAAGCUAUUCGCCGACGCCAUCGCCGACAUGCAGCGCGAAAAGUCGGAUGCCUCCUACCGCUCCCCUCGCGACGAUGAUGGUCUGCGCGCCUGGGAGCGCCUACUGCUCAACACCAUCGUCCCCGUCUAG